GGGGCAAGGAAUUUUUGGGGCUCAACCGACUCUUCAGAUAUAUACAUUCGCCAUCUUGUUAACACUUCCGGUGCGCGAGGCUCGGCUUGCGUUUGAAUGGCUUAUUUUGAUAUCGAUUUCCGCCUGUGAAAAGUUUUGGAUCGCGGAAAGUAAUAUUUUCAGUUGUUUUGAAAAAACGACCGGAAAUUGAAAGGGAAACUUCGUAUUGAAGCUUGGGGUGCGUCCCGUCGGUAAAUGCUUGUCAUUCAUUGGUGAGAGUGAAGCCCCACUGCGAUUCAAUCGACUUGAUUUGCAUUUGAUUCAAUGAAUGCGGUUUGGGAGUGUGAACGCGUGACUUGGGGCUGAUGAUAAAUCGGUGCGAUGAUUUAAUCUCUGAUCAUUUAUAAGAAGCAGGCUCGCCUUGCAAACCGUUUAGUAUAUACAAACGACACCGAUCGUGGUUUAGUCACAGUACAGUACGUUUCUGUCUCCUGAAUAUUCACAGAAGGAACCUAGCCAUGGCUCAUCUUAUGAUGGUUUUUUUGCCGUUUAUGUUUGUUUUGACAAUUUCGUUGGCUCCAACCGUUGUUACGAAAAGACAGUGUUCUAAAGCUUGCAGAACGUAUAUUUCAACUGAAAUCGAAGGGAAACUCAGCAGGGCAUUGCGGAAUGCUGCGAAAGGAACCCGAGGACCCAGAGGAAAACAGGGACUUCAGGGACCUAUCGGGCCUCAGGGUUUACCCGGACCACGUGGAGAGACAGGCCCUGUCGGCCCAGAAGGACCGAGGGGGGAGCCUGGUUCGGCACUUUCCCUUCCAAAAUGUGAACCAGGAGAGUACCUCACUUCAGAUGGAAAGCAGCUGAUAUGCGUUAAAUUUGGAGCAGAAGUUUGCAGUGCCGUGGCGAAAUGCGAAGGUCAUCAAGUGCCGACGCCCACUUUGUCAUCAACACCAACUACUGUUCAGCCUCCUACAGGAGUAUACCCUAACCAGACCCAGUUCAUGAAGAAAUACAUGAUUCAAACGCUAUACAUGGAUGCGUGGGACCUGGGCACGUUUUACAUUGGCGAGCAGCUGUUUCUGGGCGUAUCUCAGUUGGGAGGGAAGAGCUUCGUUAUUUACAAAUGGGAUAACGAAUACAGUGUCCAUUCGUUGGAACAAGAUUCCAGUUACAACCCGUUCCGUAGUUUCCAAAUCCUCAAGGUACCCUUCGCUCGCAAGUGGCAACAUUUCGUCAUUGGAGAAGACGUGUUUUUUGCCGUGGCUAGUAAUUCUCGCUCGCAUGACUCGCCAAUCUUUAAGUGGAAUGGGGAUAUGUUUGUUCCGUUUCAAACUUUACCAACAGUCAAAGCAUUUGAUAUUGAGCCGUUUAAAAUCGGCGAAGACACUUACUUGGCCGUGGCAAUUUAUUAUGGGCGUAGCUCACACAUCUAUAAAUGGGACGGCGAGAGAUUUGUAAAGUUCCAGGACAUCGCAGCUGUGGGAGCUGAUGUAGAGCACUUUAAAAUGAAUGGCUCAACAUAUCUGGCAAUAACAGGUCCCUUCUCUCGCGGUGCAUACGCAUUAAUCUACAAGUGGUCCGGGGCGAGGUUUGAAGAGUUUCAUCGGUUGCCCACUGGAGAGCGCGCCUAUGGAGUUAAGGCCCUGUCUGUUGACGGCGUCCAUUUCUUGGCUGUGGCCCGCUGGAAGGCAGAGAGCUCCCUAAUCUUCCGGUGGAAUGGAACACAAUUCAAGCUAUUCCAAGAAGUGCCAUCGAGAAGGGCUCGUGAUUGGAUCACUAUUACGUCCCCAUUCAUGUCACGUGAGAAAACAUACCUGGCGAUAGUGAGCAGUGACCGGAGUCCAGGCAUCUUCGCGUGGGAUCGAGAUUAUUCGAAAAAGUUCGCUAAAGUUCAAGACAUUCCGUCGGAAAGAACACGAGAUAUGGUGUUUUUCAACAUGGGUGAGAGUGUUUAUCUGGCCGUGGCUUCUCAUCGAAGUACAGACAUUUAUCAGGGAUCAACUAAGGUUGAGAAGUAACUUUACGUUACUCCAGUCUUUUGUAGCGCGUGUUCGCGCGUGAAGCGAGGAGAUUAAGCCAACUCUGGCUAUGUUUCUCGCGCGAUCAGGUUUACAGAAUUACUCACGAUGAAAGCUUGAGGGAGAAUCCUCAAAGACUAGCAUUUUACUGCAGAAAAUAUCCACCCUACCUUGAAGUAGAAUAACGGCGCCAAACUUUCAUUCUAGAAACAUUACAGAACUAUAUUUCAUCCUCGUGUACUGAAGACCGCCAGAGUUCACAUUUUGUAAUAUUUUUAGCACUACCUGUUUCAAGUUUUUGUAGAACCUACACAAGACGAAGAAAUUCACCGUAAGUUAUCUUUUACCGCCAUUUUUUGUGUACAUAUUGCGGACCCCAAUGAUUAGUGGUCCGCGCGAGGAGAAUGGGAGCUACGCGUGGCAGAAGAGUCAAAGGUCUCUUCUACCGCGUUUGUCUCGCGCUUUACCAAGAAUCCCGCAAAAAUCGGCCAACCCGCUCGUUAUCAUUUUAAAGAAACGUUUAACCCUUCACCAAGCAAGUAGAACAUGAGAACGAGCCAAGAUCAGGAGUUCAUGUGGACCUUUACUAAUUUGAGUAACUUUUAGAGUUUUAUAGAUUUGUAAUAUAUAUAAUACGUCAAGAGGAAUGCGGUUUACUAGAAGAAGAUAGCAAAAGAGAGUCGCAGUUACUAGAUGAUAAUCGCUGCAAAGUAGACUUGCUAAUUCUUAACUUACUUUUUAGUAGCCUUGCGCAGAGUCGAGGUCUAGCCCUAAUAGACCAAUUUCGAUACAUUAAAAUUCAGCCUAAAACAAUAGACCUCAGUACGAGGCUCAGGGGAAUAACUA